GUCAUCGGUCUCUUCAACUUCUUUUAAGUCUCUGCCAAAGUGAAAAACAAAAAACUGUGAAGAUUUAGAGAGAGAUAUUCAGCCAUGGCGUCGUGGGCGGACGACUUAGCCGACGACCUCCAGAGCAUAAGCUUCAAUUCCGCCACCACUACCACCGCCACCGAAAUCAACCGCUCCACCAGCUCCGGUUCCGAAGCCACCUGGACGGCUGCUUCCUCCGGCUCCUCCCAUUUCCUCCCUUCAUUCUCCGCCAAGCCUCACUCUGCCAUUCCCUCCGGUGAUCCCUGCUGGGACGCCAUCCGCCGAGCCCGAUCGUCCUCCUCCUCCGGAUCACUCUCAGGCGCCGACCUCCGCUUCAUCAACCGCCUCGGCUCCGGUGAUAUAGGCUCCGUCUAUCUCGCCGAAAUGAAGGCCCCGCCGCCAGCAACGGAUCCUCCGCAAUCUCCGUCCUCAUCGCCGCAGCCGGCUCUCUUCGCCGCGAAGGUGAUGGACAAGAGGGACCUGGCUAGCCGUAAUAAGGAAGGGCGGGCGAGGACAGAACAGGAAAUUCUGGAGAUGCUGGACCACCCGUUCCUUCCCACUCUGUACGCCACUAUCGAUUCCCCGAAAUGGUCGUGUCUCCUAACUGAAUUCUGCCCCGGCGGGGACCUCCAUGUCCUCCGCCAGCGUCAGCCCGCAAAACGCUUCCCGGAAUCCUCCGUCCGGUUCUACGCAUCAGAGGUGAUCGUAGCUCUGGAAUACGUACACAUGAUGGGCAUUGUUUAUCGCGACCUGAAGCCCGAAAACGUCCUGGUUCGAUCCGACGGUCACAUCAUGCUCACCGACUUCGACCUCUCCUUAAAAUGUGACACCUCCACCUCCACUCCUGCCCAGCUCAUCUCCGGCAAAAACACUCCGACCACCGCCCCGCCGGGAAAAGACCACAGCUACACCAUCGCCCCGCCAAAGUUCACCGCCACCUCCUGCAUCCUCCCCAACUGCAUUGUCCCCGCGGUCUCCUGCUUCGCCCCGAAACGGAAGCGCAAGAAGAAGACCGUCCCGGGAAAGCACGGCGGGCCCGAGUUCGUGGCCGAGCCCGUCGACGUCCGUUCGAUGUCGUUCGUCGGGACGCACGAGUAUCUCGCCCCGGAGAUCGUCUCCGGGGAAGGCCACGGCAGCGCCGUGGACUGGUGGACGUUGGGGAUAUUCAUCUUCGAGUUGUUGUACGGUGUGACGCCAUUCAGAGGGAUGGACAACGAGCUAACGCUGGCCAAUAUUGUGGCUCGGGCAUUGGAGUUUCCUAAAGAACCGGUCAUUCCGGCCGCCGCUAAGGACUUGAUAUCGCAGCUUUUGGUCAAAGAUCCGGGCCGGCGGAUGGGGUCAACGAUGGGGGCCACCGCGAUCAAACACCACCCGUUCUUCCAAGGUGUUAAUUGGGCGCUCCUACGUUGUACACCUCCGCCGUACGUUCCGCCGCCGUUCACUCGGGAUGUUCUGUCUGAUGAAAGCUGUCCCGACACCCCUGUGGAGUAUUACUAAACAUUAAUUGAUUAAUAAGAUUAUUAAUUACUUCUUGUGAUUAUGUGAAUAGAAGAUCAUUUAAGGGGAGGUUUAAUUAUUUCAAUUACUCGUAUCAUAAUUCAUGAACAAAAUUAAUUAAUUAAUUACAAAAUUAUGUUUCACAAAGCUAGCAUGCGUUGUCCGGUGAAGUGUUGUAAAAUAGAAUUAUGUCACGUAUGCAUUUUGUAACCUUUUGUAAUUAGUUUUGUGUAUUUUAGUAUGCUCUUUUAGGUAUUAGUGAUACAUAUUAUUAUCA